AUGGAAGCCGCCAGAGCCACCUCGUCCCGCCUGGCCCGCUCCGCCUCCCUCUCCGCCGCCCGCCCCCACCACCGCUCCCGCGCCGCCAGGUUCCCGCCGUCCCCACAGCUGACCCCGCUCUCGGCCGCCGCGUCGCCGCGCGCCCUCCCGCUCCACCGGACCAGGUCCGACGCCGAGCUCGCCUACUACGCGAGAUCCGCUGUCGUCGUCCUCCGCCACGCCCCGAUCCCCACCAUCCUCGAGGCGGACGCGGACGAGGAAGGGCGCCAGCAGCAGGACGACAGCAAGGCGCCAGCGGGCCUCGCCGACGGCGCCGGCGCCGGAAGGAACGGCCGCGGAAGCGGAGGCCGCGGAGGCGGUGGUGGCGGCCAAGGCCAAGGCAGCGGCUGCGACAUGGGCGAGUACUACCGCCGCGUGCUGCGGGUGGAUCCCGGGAACCCGCUGCUGCUGCGCAACUACGGCAAGUACCUGCACGAGGUGGAGGGCGACCUGGCGGGCGCCGAGGGCUGCUACGCGCGCGCGCUGCUGGCGUGCCCCGGGGACGCCGACCUGCUCAGCCUCUACGGCCGCGUCAUCUGGGAGGCGCGCCAGGAGAAGGACCGCGCCGCGGACUACUUCGAGCGCGCCGUGCAGGCCGCGCCGGAUGACUGCUACGUGCUCGGGUCCUACGCGAGCUUCCUGUGGGACGUCGACGACGACGACGACGACGAGGAGGCAGGCACCCGAGCGGUCGAUGUGAAAGAGGAAACAACAAGCAUGGUGGUCGCGUCGUGCGACUCCUCGGCGUUGGUGCCCGCGUGCUGA